GUCCAGUAGGUGGCGUAAUGCACCUGUUCAACAUUCAAACACACCACCGAAGAAGAAGAAGUGGUUUCUGUUACAACAUCCGCUAAACGUCAUUGUGCUGAUUUUGGGUUAUUUUAAGGAUGUUGAGGACUCUACACGUGAAGACUUGUGUGAAUCAGCUGAGGUUUCACAGACUGGAACUGAUGCUCAGAGACGCUCAUAUCGUCUGCAGUUCUUCAAGUGUAGUGCGAGAUCAACACACUCCUGCUUCCUCUGCUCCGAUGUCUUCUCGCUCCCACCGCUCCCCUUCCAGUGGGUUUCCUGCCAUUUUGAACCCUUCCGAACACGUGUGUUCACGGGCCAUGAGACAGAUAUGCACUAGCACUCAUUUUCUAUUAGCACACAUGAAUUUUAGCAGUAUUAACUGGGCACACACACCGAAGACUUUCUUCCUGUUUUUACACGCCUCUUUGAAUGGAUCUCCAUCACAGUGCCGGAGGAAGUGCCUUCUGCCCAAAAGCCCACUGGAGAAAAGCCAGAACUCUCCUGAAAGCAGUAUUAAAAGACAAACAUGCGUCUUCAAACGCAGCACAGAUAGCACAGGCAGCUUCCAGCGGUUGGCUAACACUGAAACCGCGAGCCGAUCUGCAGUGCUGACAGGUCAGACUCGUGGGCUGCUCACACGGAGUGUUACAGACGAGUGUUUGUCCGCAGGAAACGAAGCUCGCUGCCGACGCUCACUGCAGGCCAACGCUGCUCUGUAUGAGCGGGAAGGGCGGAGCUGGGCGGCAGUGCUGGUGUGUCUGUGUGCUGUGAACGGACGUCCCGCACUCCUCUUCACUCUCAGAUCUGCCCAGCUGAAGGGGCGGCACAAAGGUGACGUCAGUUUUGCAGGGGGAAAGAAAGACCCGUCUGACAGAUCUGUGGUAGAUACAGCUCUCAGAGAAGCUCGAGAGGAGCUGGGGAUCCACGUCACUGAAGAUAAAGUGUGGGGUGUGAUGAAACCGUUGCAUGAUAUGUCUGGGAUGAUGGUUGCGCCUGUAAUAGCCAAUCUUGGACCGCUGGAGACACUGUGUUUUCAACCGAAUCCGAGUGAGGUAGAAGAGGUUUUUACCCUGACUCUGGAGCAUUUAUGUCAAGCCCAGAACAGAGGCUACACACACUUCCGCACCGGUGAUCGUUACGGGUACACACUCCCUGUGUUUCACAGUCCCAGGUAUCGAGUGUGGGGUCUGACAGCAGUGGCCUUAGAUCAUGCUCUCACACUCAUUGUGCCGCCAAAGGAAGUGCUGGACCACAGCUCCUUCACCACAGAGGCUGCUUGCUAAACUCUGUCAGAUUACAGGCUUAGUUUAGGCAGAAUCUCAUGAGAACUGUCAAGAAAUGUCUGGGUCUUAUUUCAUAUUUUGGUCUUUAUUUCAGUAUCCAAAAGAUCUUUGAGGUGCAAUAUGGCCAUUUCUCUGAGGUUCCCCUUUGCUGUGUUUAGGCUUUAGGGUUAAUGAAUGUGGUGCUGUUAGUAAAAGAGUAAAGUUUGUUUGACAUCAUGCCUCACUUUACACAACAUACAUUGAAUGUAUUUUUGGGAUUUAUCAUUAUGAGUUUUGUUUUUUUAUCAUCUUAACCUAGAUGGUUGUUUUAAAUGUGAAUCUGUCCAUUUAUUUAACACCAAUGCUUAUAAUAAAAGUGUUAAGAUGCUUUAGAGGUUCUUGGUAACUACUGAAUGUUUAUUUUUUUACAUCAGGGAUUCUCAAUCCAAUCAAAACUAUAGCAAGAAGAGUCGAAAGGUACCCAGAUAGCAAAAUACACUUGGGCCAGUUCCGGUAUGAUUCUCGCCAGCCGGAGACUUACCACUCCCUCUUCUGUCUGCCGUGAUCGGGCCGGAUGCCGGUGUACUCACUGCCCGAUUCCAGCCAGAAUCAGUCGGGCCAGAUGCGGCAGCCGUUACCUCACCGACACUGCCGCAGUCGAGCCGGAAUCACUAAUGCGCUCCAGACACGGCCCAAUUCCGUUUAUAUAUCUACUGUACUGUUCAUUAAUCUUUCAUUUUAUUUUGAUACCCAGCCAAAAUGAUUACUUAGCUAUAUUUUAAUUAUAUAAAUUAUAAUACAUAAAUAACAUUACUUAAAUCUACACAAACAUCACAUUAUUAUGAAAGCAAUUUUAUGGCCUUUUGUAAAGAACUCACUUGAUAUAGUUGGCAUGAAGACAUUUUAUUUACAAAACAAUUUAUUUACAAAAAUAUUACAUCAAAUAACAGCAGUUAUACAAUUAUUAUAAAUACAAUAUUUACCACAUUUUGAGUAAUUACUCUUGUAUUUACUCCUACACAGACUGUAAAAUUUAAUACGUAUAAACAUUAAACGUGAAAAGUGUUUUGAAUAACACAUUGGUAAAUGGAAAAGGUUUUGCAGUUAAACGCAUUUGUACUUAAAAAUAAAAAUAAAAAUACACCUAUGGAUAACUCAGGCUAAUUAUGAUUUGAUGUCAUGAUGGUGUUCAGCGUAAACUAUAUAAAUAAACCUUGAGCUGUGCAAUUGAAAA